UAUUUAUCGAAAAGGACUGAACAGGCUCAACACACACAUGCACGCGCACGCAUAAGCACAUACACACCAUCUCUCCAGCCUGUUGAUUUAUGGAAACGAUUAUAAUUCUGGUGGAGUCUUUCUGAGCUGAGAAAGUUUGCAGCUACAGUAGAGUGUCUCAUGUUGCAAAAAGGAGACAACAGAAAUGGAGUACUUGGGUAUCCAGCUCUUAUCAACAGGAACAAAUCUUUUACUUUCAGUGCAAGCAGCAAAUUCAAGUAGUAAAGAAGGUCCCAACAACAAAGGUUUUUAUAACUUGUGUCUUUAAAGGAUAUUCUGACUGAAGAGAUAUUUAAGAAGCUCUUCUAUUUCGCCAUUAACUAUUAAGGAAUAACGAUCAGAAUUCUAGAAGAGGGAGCAAUCUCACUUAAAUGAAUCUGUAACUCGUAAAGACAGAAGGCAGGUCGGUGACCUAAGAGCAACAGUCUACUUGAGAUUUAAUUUUCAUUAUGUUGUUCAUGAACACCCAGAACACUGCACUAUAAUGCACAAAUGGAUACUGACAUGGAUCCUGCCAAUUUUGCUCUACAGAUCAUACUUUUACAUUAUCUUUCUAAUGGGCACUAUAUCUUUAGCUUGCAAUGACAUGACUCCAGAGCAAAUGGCUACAAAUGUGAACUGUUCCAGCCCUGAGCGACAUACCAGAAGCUAUGAUUAUAUGGAAGGGGGGGAUGUAAGAGUGAGAAGACUUUUCUGUCGAACUCAGUGGUAUAUGAGGAUUGAUAAACGAGGCAAAGUGAAAGGGACAAGAGAAGCAAACAACAACUACAGUAUUCUAGAAAUCCGCACGGUGGCAGUUGGAAUAGUGGCAAUCAAAGGAGUGGAAAGUGAAUAUUUUCUGGCAAUGAACAAGUCAGGGCGACUCUAUGGAAAGAAAGUUUGCAAUGAGGACUGCAACUUCAUUGAACUGAUUGAAGAAAACCAUUAUAACACAUAUGCUUCUGCAAAAUGGACACACAAAGGGAAAGAGAUGUUUAUUACACUAAACCACAAAGGGGUUCCAAUGAAAGGUAAAAAAACAAAGAAAGAACACAGAGCAUCCCACUUCCUUCCUCUGGCAAUAUCCUAAUCACAAAUGAUCUAUAAAGAACUAGUUCCAGCAGGAAGAUUAAUUUUAAGAAGAC